AGCAGCUUUGCUCCUAUUCCUACUUUAAGUAAUCAUGAUUUGGCGCUCUAAUCCGUAGAUAAGAACUUUUAAUCAAAUCUAAAAACUUCCAAACGUACAAGAAAGUUGUAAUUAUAGAAUUCUCUUUUCUUUUGCGAACCCAUCCUUCUUACUCUCUUCUCGCAUGUAAAAUCGGAUUCUCUGCACUGCUUCCAUUCCUACAAGACAAAACUAUUCUCAUUUCAUCACUUUGAUUUCUUUCUAUCUUAGAUUUGUCGUCGUUUAGCUCUUCUUACAUGGCUCUUUGGACUAGAAAAUCUGUCAAUGUUGUCAACCAUUUCGUUUCAAAGCUGGGUGUUUUAGGCACGAUCAACCCGAGUUCCUGGUCUCAUUCUUUCCAUCAAAGACAUCCUAUUUCAGAUGCAUGUGCUCCAAAUCUCAAAAACCCAGUUGUAGAUAUUGUUAAUACGCCAACCCAUUUCGCUUUUUGUCGUUUUGAGUCCACCAUAGCUGAGAAACAUUCGGAUUCUUUUCAUGAUUUUGAUGCCAAUCAACAGGCCUUGGAUUUUCCAGGAGGAAAAGUCACAUUCUCUCCCGAAUUGAAAUUCAUUUCUGAAUCCCCUGAGGAGAGGGUACACUGCUAUAGGGUCCUUGAUAACAAUGGACAGAUUAUUUCAGGCAGCACCUAUGUACAGGUAAAAAAAGAAGUUGCUCUAAAAAUGUACAGUGAAAUGGUCACACUUCAAGUGAUGGAUACUAUAUUCUAUGAAGCGCAAAGACAAGGGAGAAUUUCUUUUUAUGUAACCACAAUUGGAGAAGAAGCCAUCAACAUUGCAUCUGCAGCAGCGCUAACUCUUGAUGACCUUAUCUUUCCUCAGUAUCGGGAACCAGGAGUGCUAUUAUGGCGUGGUUUCACCCUGCAAGAAUUUGCAAAUCAGUGUUUUGGUAACAAAGAUGAUUAUGGUAAAGGCAGGCAAAUGCCUAUACACUAUGGAUCUAACAAGCUCAAUUACUUCACCAUAUCAUCACCUAUAUCUACACAAAUUCCUCAGGCUGUUGGUGCUGCAUAUUCAUUAAAGAUGAACAAAAAAGAUGCCUGCGCAGUCACUUAUUUUGGUGAUGGUGGGACAAGUGAGGGUGACUUUCAUGCUGCUUUAAACUUUGCGGCAGUUAGGGAGGCACCGGUUGUAUUCAUCUGCCGAAACAAUGGAUGGGCUAUCAGUACACCAACAGAAGAUCAGUUUCGAAGCGAUGGUAUUGUUGUUAAGGGUCAGGCAUAUGGAAUCCAAAGUAUUCGAGUAGAUGGCAAUGAUGCGCUUGCAAUGUACAGUGCUGUUCAUGCUGCACGUAACAUGGCAAUUCGUGAACACAGACCAGUCUUAAUUGAGGCACUAACCUAUCGAGUGGGACACCACUCAACAUCUGACGAUUCAACCAAGUACCGAUCAGCUGAAGAGAUUGAAUGGUGGAGAUUGGCACGAGACCCUGUUACUCGGUUUAGACAAUGGAUCGAAAGUAAUGAUUGGUGGAAUGCUGAGGCUGAAUCAGAGCUUAGAUACAGUGUGAGAAAACAGAUGUUACAAGCGAUUCAAAUGGCUGAGAAGGUAGAGAAACCAGCAGUCGCAAACCUUUUUACAGAUGUAUAUGAUGUUCCACCAUCCAACCUUGUUGAGCAAGAGAAGUUACUGAGAGAAACGGUCAAAAGACAUCCAAAGGAAUACCCAUCAGAUGUUCCUGUCUAGUUUCUUUGUUUUACUCGUACCAAUACCAUGCCCUCGGCCAAGAAAACAAAAAAGUUUAAAAAGUGAUUUUAUUAUUGGAUGAAUGGAUUUGAAUUAUAGGCAAGGGCGUAUUCUGUAUAAGUUCAAAGGAAGGGACUGGGAUUAACUCUUGUUGUGCAGUGUAGCAACCUAUUAUUUAUAUUUUAAUAUGAGUUAAAAUUGCUAAUC